AGAAUCGAUAGCUGAUACUGGGAAACGACCAUUUAGCGGCUCGUCUCUCCUCCAGCAGCAGCACACAAGCCAAACCCAACCGGGAUUUAACUUCAAUUUGUCUCAAGAAACAACUUUUCUCAUUAAAGACUUGCAGUACAGUGACCCCUGCUGGCAGUUUUGAGUUUGAAGCAAAGCAACAAGGAUCAGAGAAGAGGAAGAGUGUAACGUUGAAGGAGGAAGGUGUUUGAAGAGUCGUGUCAGGAGACAGGAAACCAUCAGAGCCGCAACAUGAACGUCCAUCACAGUUUGUUCUGUCUGAUCUUCUUCUCUUUGCAGGUCAGAUCUGUUGAAACUUGGUCACAUUAUGGAGUUUCUGGAGGAAACACAACUUUUCCAUGCAGCUUUCUCUCAUCUGGAAGAAUAAAGUUCUUCUGCAGGGAAACCUGUGAAGGAGAAAACCUCCUGAUCAGAACGAGUGACGACGCAGCUCAGAUCGGACGAUACAGAACUGAAUAUGUUAGAGAAGCUUCCAGAACAUUCUCGGUUCUGUCUGUGAGCAUCUCAGAGCUGACCCGGUCCGACGCCGGUCAGUACCGAUGUGGUCUGGGUGACUCUUCAUCACCAGCUUCAUUCCUGGACUUCAGCCUGGUUGUUGUAGACGAUCUGCUGGAUGGGAACAAAGUUCCUCACCUCCAUACAGAAGCUGGCAGCUCAGUGACAGUCGCCUGUUCCUUUGGAGACUCUGGAAGAAAACGACUGUUCUGCAGAGGAGAAUGUGGAAAAGAUGAAGUUCUGGUUCAGACUGAUGGAGUCAGAGCCGACAGAGGCAGAUACAGCAUUGAAUAUGAAAACAGACUAAAAUCAGCAGUUCUGUUGGUGACCAUCACACAGCUGACCCAGUCUGACUCCGGACGGUACCGAUGUAAAAUGGACAGAACGAUUCGCUCAGAUCUACACAGAGACUUUUACAUCACCGUCACUGAUGUACCUGAUCCAUCAACCUUCACACCAACAACCACACAGAGUUUCAGCUCCACUUCAGAAAGUUUCACUACUUCAGUUUCCUCAGAAACCACCAAUCUCUGCCAGGGGAUGCAGAGAGCAUCUGGCACUCAACCCAACAGCAACCUUCUGCUGUUGGUCCUGACUCCGCCCUUCAUCAUCGUCAUCAUAGCUCUGGCUGUGCUGCUGUACUGGAGGAAAACAUCUGAUGAAGCUCAGACAGCUCCUGCUGAGCAACCAGAGGAAACUCCUGAGGCGGCCACGUUUUACGAGAACACCAGAGAGGAGGGCGGACUGUGGCGAAGUGUUGAUGUGGAGCUUUACGCGGUUUACCAUGAAAUCCCCAACACCAGAGCAGCAGCUGAGGCCGAUGAAGACCACGGCUCUGAGACUGAAGAAGAUGCUCAGCUAUAUGUUUCAGAAGCUCAGAUGGACCAAAUGUGGAGAACAUCGUCAUGGGAACCACUACCUGAAGGAGUCUGAGUCCUGCCACCUGGAACCAGAACCAGAUCAGCUCUACAGUCAACAUGGCAGCCUGAUUCAAACUGGAUUCAAUCUGGAUUCAAACUGGAUUCAGACUGGAUUCAGACUGGAUUUGGUUUCUCAGGUUUGCAGUUUGUUCCCUGAAUCAGGAACCUGAAGAAAUACGAAUGAACUAAACACAUUAGUAAAUGUUUCUCUGCAUUUAUUUGUUUUUUCUCCCUGUGAUUCUGAAUAAAACAAAAGUUAUAGAUUUAUUUUAGCUAGUUAGUUGUUGUGAUUAGGAAUUGUUGAUUAUGAUUGAAGAGGUCAAAGUUUACAUACUGAAAAUGUUUGUUUUUAUUCCAAUCAUUUUGUUUCCCAUCUGUAAAUAAAAUGCAGCAAACUGG